CCUAGCAGGGCAAGCGUACGCACGGGAAAGAAGAAGUAAAUUGUCGUUCAAUGCGUGCAGACUGCGUUCGUGGUGCGCGUCAUGUGAAAAACAACGAGCAAAAAAAUUUGCGUGUCACGGGUGAAGCAGAUUUUCCGUAAAACCAAAAAAGUGCAUCAUCACGAGAUAAAACCCAGCGCGUAGAUAGCUGGAACAAAAUUCAUUGGAGUAACAAAAAGCUAAAGCUAACAGCGUGUGGAAUGUUGUUUCCCCAGAAGUAAAACAAAAAAAACCUACCUCAUUUAGUGCGUGGCAGUGCUUGCCAAGGUAAGCCUCCGCAAGUGUGUGUGUGUGCGUUUUUGUUCAAUCAUCUCAACUGAAACUACUGAGAUGAAAAUUCUCACUCAGCAGUCCAUGAAAGUUUAAUGAAACAAAAAGUGAAAGAAAAGCGUGCUAUAUAAGGUUACAGUGCGGUGUGAAAAAGUACACCCCCAAGGCAAAAUUAAAGGAGUAAAUAGUGCGUGAGUGUUUGUGUGAAGUAACGGAAAGGAAAAAGCUGUGCGAAGCUCGCAUAUUCUACGUUGUAGAAAACCCAAACAAAACAAACCGCACUGCGGCGACGCGCCUAUUUCCCUCCAGAAGAAAAAUAAAUAGAAGAAGGAUCAUCCCCCGUGUACUGCUAAGUAGUAGUGGUAGUAGUAGUAGUGGUGGUGUUGGUGUUGGUAUUGUGUGAAAAAUAGCAUCGCACUCUUCCUGCCUUUUCGCAACAGAACGUCGUCAUCCUGUUUUACGUCUCACCAAUACACCUACCGUGACGACGACGAUAUGGCGGGUGUGUUCGAUCUGGAGCUGCACGAGGAGGAGGACCUUCACGACUCGGAUGACGACGUUAUCGAGAUCGAGGAUGUCGACCUCGAGCCCGAACUUCACAUCAACACAAAUCUAGAUACCGAAGGAUCUGAAACAAUACCACUGUCGGAAGAUAUUGUGAAUCCGGGACGAAUCAAGCUGGGACCGCAGGAUUUCGAGCUAAAGAAAGUAUUAGGAAAAGGUGGAUAUGGUAAAGUCUUCCAAGUCAGAAAAACCACUGGUGCUGAUGCGAAUUCGUACUUCGCGAUGAAGGUGUUAAAAAAAGCUUCGAUAGUUAGAAAUCAAAAAGACACAGCCCACACACGCGCCGAGCGAAACAUAUUAGAAGCCGUUCGGCAUCCAUUUAUAGUAGAGCUAGUGUACGCCUUCCAGACCGGUGGCAAGUUGUAUUUAAUCCUAGAAUACUUGAGCGGCGGCGAGCUGUUCAUGCAUUUAGAGCGUGAGGGUAUAUUCUUGGAGGAUACUGCAUGCUUUUACCUAUGUGAAAUAAUUCUGGCGCUGGAACACCUGCACAAUCUUGGCAUUAUCUAUCGGGAUCUGAAACCGGAAAAUGUGCUACUGGAUGCGAAAGGACACGUGAAGCUAACCGACUUCGGUCUCUGCAAGGAGCACAUCCAGGAGGGCAUUGUAACGCACACGUUCUGCGGUACGAUCGAGUACAUGGCACCAGAAAUAUUAACCCGUAGCGGACACGGUAAAGCGGUCGAUUGGUGGUCAUUGGGUGCCCUCAUGUACGAUAUGUUAACGGGAACGCCCCCAUUUUGUGCGGACAAUCGAAAGAAAACAGUCGAUGCUAUACUGAAGGACAAGCUCAACAUUCCGGGUUAUCUUACGCCGGAUUCGCGCGACCUAAUCCGCCGGUUGAUGAAACGUCAAGUCUCACAACGUCUCGGCAGUGGACCGACCGAUGGACAGGCGGUUAGGGCACAUCCGUUCUUCAAGAACGUCAACUGGGAUGACGUUGUGAAGAGAAGGCUCGAUCCACCAAUCAAACCCAUGCUGGCCAGUGAAGAUGAUGUGUCCCAGUUCGAUACCAAGUUCACGAAAGAGAUUCCUGUAGAUUCCCCCGAUGAAACAACGCUGAGUGAGAGUGUCAAUCUAAUCUUCCAGGGUUUCACUUACGUCGCACCUUCCGUGCUAGAGGACAUGCAGACGCGAAUCACAACGCCACGAUCGCCCCGUCGAAUGCCGCGCCACUAUCACUAUCCACACAAUCACCAUCACGGCGGCGCUGGCACGUCCGUCGGUGGGCACGGUGCAGGCAACAGUCGAAUGAUGGAAAAUGGUGGUGCGUGGAAGAUGGCACCGCAUCAAAACCUGCACAACCAUCAUCCGCACGUGCAUCAACAGCAACGGGUGGGCGGACAGAUGGUACCACCGAACCAGCAGCAACAAUCAGUCGGCCAACCGACUCAACCUCACAAUCAGACGCAACCGAGCCAGGCCGGUGUCAGUGCCGGUCCGCCCGGCAGCAGACCGUUCAACGCGGCAUCCAUUUCCCGACGAACGCCACCACAUCUGCAACCGUUUGCACCGAGACCCUCGCCACAGGACGAAAUGAUGGAUGUGUAUCCGGAAAUGUCCAUCUCUUAGCCAACGUUGGAAGAUUAUAGCAGUUAUAGAAAAUUUGUCACCUAAAAAGUGUGUGCGGUCCAGCGUGUGACACCAUUAAUGAUGGUUGGAGGAGCUGUACAGAAAGCAGCAUAAACGCUCAUCUCCAAACUAAUACUAACCCCGUAGUCUAGCGUAAACAAUAGGAAAAGCAACUUAUUCUAGAAACGAAUGAGAAGUGUAAGUUAGUAAAAUACAGUGCGAGAAAUUGGGAGGAGGAAGCAAGGGCAACAAAUCACCAAGAAUAACUAGAAUAACGAAUUUUCCUCUCACAUAUUUCAUUUCCUUCGCAGGCAGGCUAGGUAAAUUUUGUUUUCCACCUGUGUAAUGAAAUUCCGGUAUUUACCAUGAACGAUUGAUUAGUGUGCUGAUGUUGCCUAAGCGUUACCAAAAUGCACGCUACGUCAGGGCAAUGUUUUACGCACUUUUAUGUUUUGCUACUCAUUUUUACAAUGUUCGACUCGCGAACACAAGAUUCUAAUCCAGCGACUCCCCAUAUAAAAGAAAGGUGGAAGCCAAGUGCCCGUUUAGGCUAGGCAGCAUUCUGCAAACUUGCAUUGGCUGUAAAGGAAAGGGUGUACCCAGUAGAGUUAUGAAUCCAAUACCUAGCAAAUGGUGCAAAUACGACGUUUUACACGUGAAGAAUUGUGACCGUGACCGAAAGCAGAGAAUGCGAUACUUUAUAACUUCUACCGUCUGUCUAAGUGCUAGAUUGUGCGCGCGCGUGAUAGAGAAAUAGUAGUUUCUAUUCUGUUAACAAUCAUUUUUCGGGAUAUAUUUAGAAAUAUUUUUGAUAUUUUGAUAUUGAAACCUUUAUUAUUCAGUUUUUUUCUUUUGGUUUUUCAACGUUAUGCUUUUCGAACACGGUUCGCAAGAUAUUACUGAUAGAAAUUACUUAGAAUCCUUGCUUGACAAAAUGAUAUAUAGCAGCUUUAGUGGAAAAUUAUCGAUUUCAUUGCAAUACGACACGGGCCAUCCUCUGCGCGGAGGUAGGAGGCACGCAUACCGAAGGUGUAGUGGCAUAUUUUGAGAUUUUUUGUAAGGCAGGAAAUUGAUUAAAAAUUGUUUAUAAAUUGUAUUAUAUCGUGUGGCGUGUCUGUUUGUGUGCGUGCUGUAGCGACGACCGCUCAAAAUCUCCAGUUCGUCCGCGGAUUAUUGGUUUUGUCGCUAAGCUCUUUAAAUUACCUGGUGCAGGAUUUUUUACACUCGCAAAUAUUAAUAACUACAGCAGCGCAUAGUAGUACGCCAGGGAAGGAAACGAAGGUCAAGCGGAAGGUUUAGAGAAGUAGAAGAAGCGAAAAGGAUGUUGCAUUUUCAACAAAUUAAGAAAGAAGCGCCGACAGUGAACGAAACCGUAAAGAUGAAACAGAUUAUGUGUGUGAACUGUUCGAAAAAAGAAACCCUCCUAGAUUAUUUACAAACAAGACCUGAACAUAAAAGAAAAUGGAAGACAAACGAAAUGCAAACCGCGUGCGUAUAACAAAUGAAGACAUCAAGUGGAAAUUAAUUACUUUAAAAUCGUUCGUAAAAUGAUUAGAUUGUAAAAUUGUUUCUUCCUCCUUUUUUGUUUUUAUUUUACAACUGAUACCAAUCAAACAUUUCGCGAAGUAAUGGGCUUCGACUUUAAUGCAUUCAAUCUAUUAAAUUUAACAAGCGAAAAAUGCAAAAAUAACACUAUGUUCCUUCCUGUGUAUCCAACUUUUCCUCUGUUGGGAAAUGAUUCAAGCAAAAAGAAAACUCGUACACUGCCCCACGGAAGGGAAACAGGGAAUGCCUCCCGCAUGAAAAGGUUUUUGACAGCAAAUUAGUCAAGUAACAGGUGAAGUAAAUGCGAAAAGAAAAACACACACCAACACACCCAAAAACAAAAAGCAAGCAAACGAAACAAAACAAACCAAAAAUCCAAAACGUAAACGAAAACUACCAUUUGCAAUAGUCUGAAUUUAGCAAAACAAAGAAGAAGGUAUAUGUGAAUAAAGUGUAGCAAAUCGAGUAGUAAACUAAACCUGGUAGCGAGAAUGGCAAGAGAUGGAUUCGGCGAGACGUACCGAUCCGGAGCAGUUCUACGGAUAUGCAACUCAGAGUAACUCUCCAUUAUUCAAACUGCAUCCAACGUGGUAAAACUACUAGCAAAUUAAGUUUCUUUACUUGUGAAAUGUGCUGCAGCCAGAGCACAUACACAUAUGUUACGUGGAAGUAAAAUAAAACAAUAGUGUAACAGAGAUGGAAACCAAUAUGACUGAUUUUUAUCGAAACCGCUGGCCUCCCGCGGGUGUGUGGUGAAGUGUAAUGAUGGGCCGAGAGUAAAGAGAAAUCAGUGCAAACAAAACGGCAGAGAAAGGACGGAAGACGCCUUUGUCAACUACCAAAAGAAUGUACAGCAGAACAGAACAAGGAGAAGGAACGCGCGCUGUUCUACGUUGAUCCUGUAUUUUAGCUAAAUGUAUCUUCCGGCUUCACAAUUAACGACUUUUCCGGCUGUCGUUGCACGGAUGUAACACUUCAUUAGUACCAGUUUUCCUUUCGAAUUAGGAUGCUCUGAACGUUUCUUUCAUUUACCAUUAAGGUGUUGUAUCGUAACGAAGUUUAAUGUGUAACUAUUGCUAAAGAAACUAUGUCGGAAUCGGAACGGGAUUAUUGUUUCAUUUGUAGCUUUUAUGUGCUAGCUCAAUUUGACGCGUGUGUUCCUUUUGUUUAUUUCCCUCUCUUCCCUCGGUAGGUAUGAUUUUUUAGAUACUGCAAGAUAAAGUUAUACAAACGCUAUAACACUGUAAACACCUCAGCAAACUAAACCACUCAUGUGCACUAAUAGUACAUUACAUUGUACGUAGCAAAUCAAAGCAAUUACGCAUGUUCGCAAUUUGUGACAGCAACUACACACAAUUUAACAUAAUUCUGCCUUAAUUAAAGUUCCAAGCAAGUAGGUAAAGCAAGGCAAGCAAACAGAGAACGUUGGAACUCAAUUCGCGGUGCGCGCGCGGUUUCAUGAUCAACCUUGCCACGUGUUGCUUCCGAUCUUCAUUCCGUUCUGGUGGUAACUGCCUUUGUUUGCACUUAAUAAAUUAACCAUUAUCAA